CAUAGAGACAGGUUCUUGCUAUUGUCAUAUUUUUAUCUCUGUUCUUGUCUCUAUGAUCUUUAAGCCCGUAAUGUAAUAUACAAGAAAUGGCAAAUACAGGGGUUUUGCCGUUCGUUCGCGGCGUCGACUUCAGCAGGAACGAUUUUAGCGAUGGGAAAUUCCCAGAGUCCGUCCGACUCAUGACUGGGCUCCAGUGGUUAAAAUUGGACAGAUCCAACCUGACUCAAGUCCCGGAAGAAUUGGGCAAUUUGAUGAAAUUGGAAAAUCUUUCUUUGGUGGGAAAUGAUCUAGAAAAGCUUUUUGGCGAGCUGACCGAACUGCCAUGCCUCCGUUCGUUAAACAUCCGCCGCAAUAAAGUGAAGAGUUCAGGCAUCCCAGCCGAUCUUUUUAGGUCAGAGGAACUUACAACACUUGAUUUGAGCCACAAUUCACUCAAAGAGGUCCCAGAGGGGCUGGAAAAGUCAAGAACACUCCUUGUACUUAAUUUAAGCCAUAAUAAUAUAACAUCUAUACCAAACACAUUGUUCAUGCACUUGACGGAUCUUCUUUUUCUUGAUCUGAGCAACAACAACUUAGAAACACUUCCUCCUCAGCUAAGGAGAUUGGGGAACCUUCAGACUCUCAUUCUUAACCACAACCCCCUUGCACAUUUCCAACUCAGGCAACUACCCUCGCUGCUAUUUCUUCAAACUUUGCAUAUGAGAGAUACUCAGAGGACAUUGGGUAAUCUUCCUCCAACGCUGGAGACCCUCACAAAACUCACUGAUAUCGAUCUCAGCUAUAACUGCCUCACUAAAGUACCAGACUGCCUUUACACCCUGCCAAAUAUCAAAAGGCUCAAUUUGAGCAACAAUGAAAUUUCUGAAAUAACUAUUGGUGUUGAAGUUUGGCAGACAUUGGAAACAUUAAACCUCUGCAGUAAUAAGUUAUCAGCUUUGCCAUCAUCAAUCUGCAAACUGUCUUCGUUGAGGCGCCUUUAUCUAAAUGACAACCAGCUGGACUUUGAGGGCAUACCUUCUGGGAUUGGUAAGCUGUCCAACCUUGAAGUGUUUUCUGCUGCUUCCAACCAUCUGGAAAUGAUCCCAGAAGGAUUAUGCAGGUGUGGAUCUCUUAAAAAACUUAUCCUUUCUGAUAAUCGACUGAUAACUUUGCCAGACACGGUUCAUUUGUUGAGCGACCUUCAAGUGCUUGAUGUUAAAGAUAACCCAGAUAUUGUCAUGCCGCCUAAGCCUUGUGAGGCACAGAAAGGAUCAGGGCUUGAGUUUUAUAACAUUGAUUUUUCUUUGAGCACACAGCUUAGAUUAGCAGGAGCUGCAAUACCUCAGCCUCUUGCAAAUAAUAAUGCAAGCAAAGAUCCUAUUGCGAGAAAGUUAAGAUUGAGGAGAGGUAGAAGGGACCAAGAAGAGGCAGAUUCUGACCAAGCAAAAAUUCUAAAGGGUAUGAAAGAUAUAGCAAAAAAUAAAGAAAGAACUCUUGAAGAAGAAAAGGCCGAAUCGUUAAAGCCAAAACGAUGGGAUGAGACUCUAGAAAAGCCACCAUUGGACUACUCUGAACUGUUCGAUGAGGAUGCUGGCCAGAUACCUGGUUUGACAAUCUGGGAAAUUGAAAACUUCCUACCCAACAUGGUCGAGGAAGCCGUGCAUGGGAAAUUUUUCCAGGCCGAUUGCUACAUCGUUUUAAAAACAUCAUUAGACGAUUCAGGAAAUCUCACCUGGAGCAUAUACUUUUGGAUUGGAGAAAAGGCAACACUUGACAAAAGAGCAUGUUCUGCAAUUCAUGCUGUCAAUUUGAGGAAUUACCUCGGGGCAGAGUGCAGGACGAUAAGGGAAGAACAGGGUGAUGAGAGUGAAGACUUUCUUGCACUUUUUCCCAACGGUAUCACGUAUAUUGAGGGAGGGAGGACUCAGAGUGGUUUCUACACAGUUGAAGAUUUGACAUAUGUAACAAGGAUGUAUAGAGUUCAUGGUUCAGGUACUGGCAUUCACCUUGAACCAGUUCCAGCCGUUACGGAAAGCUUGGAUCCCAGAUAUGUCUUUGUUCUUGAUGCCGGGCUUAAGAUAUUUUUAUGGCACGGAAAAAAAGCUAAGAACACUUUUAAAUCGAAAGCUAGACUUCUGGCGGAAAAGAUCAACAAAAACGAACGGAAGAAUAAAGCUGAGUUGUUGAAUGAACUUUAUGGAGAAGAAUCGCCUGAAUUUUGGAAAGCGUUGGGUGAAGAAAGUGGUGAACCACCAAAAGAACCAAUUGCUGAACAUGUUAGUGAGGAUUUUAAACCAAGAGAACCAAGGUUAUAUCAAGUCAAACUUGGCAUGGGGUACCUUGAAUUGCCCCAGGUUGAAUUGCCACGAAAUAAAUUAGAUCAUAAUUUACUGAACUCCAAAAAUGUGUAUAUCUUGGAUUGCUAUUUGGAUGUUUUUGUUUGGUUUGGAAAAAAAUCAACAAGACUUGUUAGGGCAGCCGCUGUGAAACUUGCACAAGAGUUGUUUUCAAUGGUCGAAAGAGGCCCCGAGGCGAGUGUUGCUCGAGUUCAAGAAGGUACUGAGCUUCAGCUUUUCAAGGCUAAAUUCCCUGCUUGGGAUGAAGUAAUACCAGUAGAUUUCACAAGGACAGCCGAAUCUGUUAUGAAAACUGGUGCAGAUCUAAACAAAUGGGCUAAACAGCAAGAAACAAAAGCUGACCUUGCUGCCCUCUUUACCCCAAGACAGCCGCCAAUGUCAAUGACAGAGGCACAACAAUUAAUGGAUGAGUGGAAUGACGAUUUGGAGACGAUGGAAGCAUUUGUUUUAGAAAAAAAGAAAUUUGUCCGCCUUUCUGAGGAAGAAAUUGGCCACUUUUAUUCUGGGGACUGUUAUGUUCUGCUUUUCCGAUACUGGGUCCCUGUUGAGUGCGAAGAGGGUGAAAAUAACGACGAGGAUCACCCGCCCGAAGAUGAUUAUCAGUACGUUGUGUAUUUUUGGCAAGGCCGAGAAGCGGGUAACAUGGGCUGGCUCACUUUCACAUUCAGCCUUCAGAAAAAGUUCAAGUCCCUUUUUGGCGACAAGUUGGAAGUGGUGAGGACACACCAGCAACAGGAGAACAUGAAGUUUUUGGCGCAUUUUAAGAGGAAGUUUGUCAUACAUUCGGGCAAGAGGAACAGCCCCAAACCCAAAGACCAACCUGCUCCGGUUGAAUUUUACCAUUUAAGAGCAAACGGAGGUGCACUCUGUACUCGCCUGAUUCAGAUAAAACCUGACGCUAGUUCUCUUAAUUCAAACUUUUGUUAUAUCCUUAAAGUACCAUUUGAUUCAGAGGAGUCGUCAGGGAUUGUUUACGUCUGGAUUGGCUCUAAUGCGAGCACUGAUGAUAUAAGAUUAAUCGGAGAAAUUGCUGAUGAAAUGUUCAAUAGUCCUUGGAUAACACUGCAAGUGGUAAAUGAAGGGGAAGAGCCUGACAACUUUUUUUGGGUGGCGCUCGGCGGCCGCAAACCAUAUGAAACUUCAGCUGAAUUUAUGCAAUACACACGGUUGUUCAGGUGUUCAAACGAAAAAGGUUAUUUCACAGUUUCAGAAAAAUGCUCCGAUUUCUGUCAGGAUGACUUGGCGGACGAUGACAUUAUGAUACUUGAUAAUGGUGAACAGGUUUUUCUAUGGCUGGGAGCAAAGUGUAGCGAAGUCGAAGUCAAGCUUGCAUACAAAUCCGCUCAGGUUUACAUACAACAUUUAAGAGUCAAACAGCCAGAAAGACCUAGAAAGCUAUUUUUAACGUUGAAAGGAAAAGAGUCGAGGAGGUUUACAAAGUGCUUCCAUGGCUGGGGUGCUCACAAAGCCCCACCUCAAUAAUUUCGAAUUACGAUCAUUUAUCACAAAAAGUAUUAUUCUUGACAAAGUAUUAAAAACAAGGGGCUUUCUUCGAGUGUACAAACUACUCAGGAUUUUAACGCAACAUUUAUAAAUCUGAUUAGAUAAA